ACAAUCAGCAACGCUUGAAUUACACUUUGUGGUCAUUUGGCUAUGGAGAACAGAAAAUGUUUGAAACAAUUGGAAAAAGUUGUAACUAACCACAUAGCUCAUCGAUAUUCCUCAAAAAUGGGCAUGCCAACUAGUUUAGUGUUCGCUGAGAUGAUUUAUGAAGAUGAAAAUGAUACAAGUGGAAUGCAGAAGGUCAAGACUAAGCUGCAUGGCUAUGCUCCAUGCAAUGACAGUGUAAAUCCAGUAGAGUUUGUAGAGCAAGGUGUUGUUGGGGACCAGCUUACUGUUGAAUGUGGUGUUAGUUGCCUUUUUCAGCUUGAAAAUUGUGUCACAGAAAAGGAAAGACUUGAUGGUUUGUACCUUGAGGUGGCUGACUUUCAUGCUGGGAUGAAAUUUUUACAGACAUCAACUUCUGAGACUUUUAAUAAACAUAGGUUUGAAACAAGGUCAACCACUUGGUGAGGACGGAAGUCAAGUUGACGGGCCUACACAAAGUUUAAAAGCAACUCUUCAGGAAUGAGAUGAACCUCU